AUGUCAUUUUCGAAGGAUCGGGUGAUUCUUAAUUUGUGGAGAACUGAUAAAAACGUGUGCUUUCAUCAAUACUACUAUUUUCCUUCUCGUCUUCAUAUUACACCUCCUCCUCUUUUCUACUCUCCCCGUCGCUGUUAUUCCCUUCUUUACCUUCUUCCUCUUACUACUAAUUCAAUAUAUUCUCUUUCUUCUCCUGCUAACCUCCUUCUCAUCUUCAUACUGCAUCUCCUUCUCUUUUCUACUCUCCUCGUCGUUUUUAUUCCUCUCUUCAUCUUCCGCCUCUUACUACUACUUCAAUAUAAUCUCUUUCUCCUCCUCCUUCUCAUCCUCAUACUAAACCUCCUUCACUUGUCCAUCCUCCUCUUUUUAUUACUCUCUUCAGCUUCCACCUCUUACUACUACUUCAAUAUAAUCUCUUUGUCCUCCUACUUCUAUCCUCCUUCUCAUCCUCAUACUAAACCUCCUUCACUUGUCCGUCCUCCUCGUCGCUGUUACUUUUCCCUGCAGCUUCCUCCUCUUACUACUACUUCAAUAUAUUCUCUUUUUUCCUCCUACUUCUAUCUCCUUCUCGUCUUCAUACUACACUUCCUACUACUGCUCCUCCUACUUUAUUCUCAUUCUCAGUUCCCAUCAACAGUAUAG